AUGCUGGAUGAGCAGAUGCGACAAUCCCAAAAUUUAAAUAUAAUUCGAUUCAGCUGUUGGUUCAGGACACUUGUAACGAUCGCUUUGCACCAAGACAAGGAUGGAUACAAGCUGUUUGAGCAAGUGCAUGCGCUAAUCAAGUCAGCUAGUCACAGUACUCCAUACCCAGAGAAUGAGAUCAAAUGGCUUAUGAUCAGUGCAUGGAAUGCAGGAUGCGAACGAUGGAGUGUGCAUCAUUUAGAAGGAGGACGACAGUGGAGCGAAAUGGCGCUGUCACUGGGUCUGUAUCUCGAAAACGCAGAACAGCUGUUGACCAAGAUGCGAGCGUCUUAUCUGGCAUUAAUGGAGUCGUGCAAUUCAUCCAAUAUAGAAUGA